GACAAAAUGGCUGACAAGGAUAGUGUGGAGAAGUAUCUAGAGAACAAUCCUCAAUUCGCCAAAGAAUAUUUUGACAAGAAGAUUCGCGCCGAGGCCCUCACCGCCGCCUUCAAUGCCAACCUCGAGGUAAAGGACACCGCAUCGUUCAAGGAUGUUAACUCCAUUCAGGAAUCUGCAAUCAUCUUCGAGCUGGUCAAAGAGCUGCAAAAACCUGGGAAUAUGGAGCAGUCUCUACACAAAGUCCUUCAGAGAAUUGCGCUCAUCGUCCAGGCGGACCGGGUCAGCUUUUACGCGCUACGGGCACGGAACGGAACCCCAGAGCUGUACACAUGUCUCUUUGACGUGACUCCGACGUCUAAAUAUGAAGCGAAUAUAGUGCACCCGCAGACUGAGAUCGUGUUUCCAAUGGACAUCGGUAUAGUGGGCUUCACCGCGCAAUCCAAAAAGCCCCAAAAUGUACCUGACGCCACAAAGAACCCAAAAUUCAGUGACUUUGUGGACAAACAGACCGGAUACAAGACCAAAAACAUGCUCACUUUCCCUCUCACGGCUGAAAAAGAGUGCCUUGGUGUCGUCAUGGUGCUUAACAAAAUCGGAGCUGAUGCUUUCACUGCAGAAGAUGAGGCGCUGUUCCACAAGUACAUGAGUUUUGCCCAAGUGAUCGCGCUGCAGCACCACACCGCCUACAUGUUCAAUGUGGAGUCCAGGAGGAGUCAGGUCCUGCUCUGGUCAGCCAGUAAAGUCUUUGAAGAGUUGACAGAUAUUGAGAGGCAGUUUCACAAAGCGCUCUACACUGUAAGAAUUUACCUCCAAUGUGAGCGAUACUCUGUGGGCCUGCUGGACAUGACCAAAGAAAAGGAAUUCUAUGAUGAAUGGCCGGUUAAACUGGGCGAUGUGGAGCCAUAUAAAGGACCUAAAACACCGGAUGGCAGGGAAGUAGUCUUUUACAAGAUCAUUGACUACCUGCUUGAAGACAAAGAAGAAAUCAAAGUCAUCCCCGGUCCGCCUGCAGAUCACUGGGCCCUAGUUAGCGGACUACCAACCUACGUCGCGGAAAAUGGCUUUAUCUGUAACAUGAUGAAUGUGGCUGCAGACGACUACUUCACAUUCCAGAAAGGACCAGUCGAUGAGUCUGGAUUCGUCAUCAAGAACUGCCUGUCCCUGCCCAUAGUCAACAAGAAAGAAGAAAUCGUGGGCAUUGCGACUUUCUUCAACAGGAAAGAUGGAAGACCUUUUGAUGAACACGAUGAGCAGAUCACUGAAGCCCUGACACAGUUCUUGGGUUGGUCCGUGCUGAACUGUGACACUUACGAUAAGUUGAACCGCACCGAGUACAGGAGAGAGAUAGCUCAGGAGAUGCUGAUGUAUCAGACUAAAUGUACCACAGAUGAACUGCAGUCCAUUCUGAAUACAAAAGAAAAGUUUGAUGCUGAACCUGAGGACUGCGACCAGAAAGAGAUGUACAAAUUACUACGAGCCAACAUCCCACCAGCUAAUGAUGUGAAUGGAGAAGACCUGUAUAAAUUCUCCUUUAGCGACUUCCCUGUCACUGAGUUUGACCUCAUUAAAGCUGGCAUUCGCAUGUUUUUUGAGCUGGGAGUAGUGGAGAAAUUCAAAGUCCCCGCUGAGACUCUGACCAGGUGGAUGUAUACAGUGAGAAAGGGAUACAGAGCCAUAACUUACCACAACUGGAGACAUGGCUUCAAUGUGGGCCACACCAUGUUUUGUCUCCUGCAGACUGGGAAGCUGAGGAAAUACUACUCUGAUCUGGAUGCUUUUGCGAUGGUAUCUGCCGCAUUCUGCCACGAUAUCGACCACCGAGGAACAAACAAUCUCUAUCAGACAAAGAGCGCACAUCCUCUGGCCAAACUCCACGGAUCAUCUAUUCUAGAGAGGCACCAUUUGGAAUACAGCAAAACGCUAAUGGGCGAAGAGGCACUGAACAUCUUCUGCAACCUUCAAAAACGUCAAUUCGAAACAGUACAACACUUGUUUGACGUUUGCAUCAUUGCUACCGAUCUGGCUCUUUACUUCAAAAAGAGAACCAUGUUUCAAAAUAUCGUCAACGCCACUGAGCCAAUGACAGAUGAAAAAGAGGCCACUGCUUUUGUUUCCAACAACCCUGUCAGGAAAGAAAUCGUCAUGGCUAUGAUGAUGACCGGCUGUGACUUGUCUGCCAUUACGAAGCCUUGGGAAGUACAGAGCAAGGUGGCUCUGAUGGUUGCAGCUGAAUUCUGGGAGCAGGGUGAUUUAGAAAGAACUGUGUUAGACCAGCAGCCAAUUCCCAUGAUGGACCGAAACUGUGCAGAACAACUACCCAAGAUGCAGUGCGGUUUCAUUGACUUCGUGUGCUCAUUUGUGUACAAGGAGUUUUCCCGAUUCCACAAAGAAAUCCAGCCCAUGUUUGAUGGACUGAACAAUAAUAGAGCACACUGGAAUGAGCUGGCGGAAGUAUACAAUGCAAAGAUGAAGGCCAUUGAGGAUGAGAAGAAGAAACUGGAGGGAGGCGAUGAACAGAAAACUGAAGGGAAGUCAAAGACCUGCUCCAUCUGCUGAAACUACACACCCAGACUAGUGAGGACUGUUGGCUA